AUUUUGGGAAUAGGGUCGACGGGACGUUUGGUACCGAGAUCUGGGGGAAUUCCGGGGAACCAUGGUCUCCCGUGAGGUAUAUUUAGGGCACCUUCGUCGCUCUUAUCCUAUGUAGGGAGAUCAGCUCAAGUCACACGUCCUGCCUGCACCCAGCUCGACUCUCAACCUUGCCCAAGAUGAAGACCACCAGCACCGCCCUGCUCGCGACUGGCCUCCUGGCUCAGUACGCUACCGCCCACUCCAUCUUCCAGCAGUCGGGCAGCGGCUCGAUCGACUUCGACACAAAAUGCACCCGCAUGCCGCCCAGCAACUCGCCCGUCACGAGCGCGACUGGCGCUGACAUUGUCUGCAACGUCGGCGGCACCAGCGGCAUCGCCGAGGUUUGCGAGGUGAACGCCGGCGAUGAGUUCACCGUGGAGAUGCACGCGCAGAUGAACGACCGGUCCUGCUCCAACGAGGCCAUCGGCGGGAACCACUUCGGGCCCGUCAUGGUGUACAUGAGCAAGGUCGACGACGCCACCUCGGCCGACGGCUCGAGCGAGUGGUUCAAGGUCGACGAGUUCGGCUACGACGCCAGCAGCAAGACCUGGGGCACCGACCUCCUCAACGAGAACUGCGGCAAGCGCAGCUUCAAGCUCCCCAGCAAGAUCCCCGCGGGCGACUACCUCGUCCGUGCCGAGGCUAUCGCCCUCCACACUGCCGGCCAGAGCGGCGGUGCUCAGUUCUACAUGAGCUGCUACCAAGUCAGGAUCGCUGGUGGCGACGGCCAGCUCCCGGCGGGCGUCAAGUUCCCCGGUGCGUACAGCGCCUCGGACCCCGGCAUCCUCGUCGACAUCUGGGGCAACGGCUUCAGCGAGUACACCAUCCCCGGCCCGGCCGUCAUCGACCAGAGCUUCUUCUAAAUUAGCGUGGUUACGGAGGGUCAUGGGUGGUGAAGGGGUUGGGUGUUUGUGACUUAUUGUAGGCAAUGCCAGCUGCGCAGUGAAGUCAGGGGUUGGAAUCAACUCUAGGAGGAAGAAUCCCAACAAUACCUAUCAUAUGACC